AUGGAUCAGAUGGCCAUAAUAGCCGACGAUGCACCGACUGUAGAACGACUGUUGAACGGAAGUAGUCUGUGUUUUUUACAACGAAGUCACCCGGUAAAAGUUCAGCUGGGACUGUCACUACAUACCAUCAGGGAUCUCGAUGAAAAGAACCAAGUGUUGACGAUAAAGGCUUAUUUUGUGUUGUUUAGGGUUGACCAAUUCCUUGUGUGGAACUCGACUCAAUACGACAACACAGAAUUCAUCAUGGUGCCUUUACGCGAUAUCUGGAUCCCCGACGCUGGGAUUUAUAAUGGCAUUAACUCCUUUGAAACAAUAACUGAUACUAGAUCUUACAUCGGAGUAUUUCCUGAUGGCAGUAUAAUUUGGACGCCCGGCGGGGACUACUCUAUCCUCUGUGACGUUUCAGUCUGGAACUACCCAUUUGAUAGCCAAACAUGUGUGCUGGAGGUCGGUCCGAAGUUCAGUCAUCAUUCAAUGCAGCUAUUCACUGCUAUGUUUGAUAAAGUUGAUCUGGUGAUAUUGCGUGAAAAUUCUGAAUGGGAAUUUCUUAGUUCUGAUUGUAAUUGUCGUGUAAGUGAUUUGUCCACAUCAACAUGUGACAUCAGGAUGACGAUACAGAGACGACCAGAACACUUUGUGCUCCAUCUAGUAUCCCCGGUCAUAUUGUUGGCAGUGAUGAACCCUGUGACGUUCCUGAUACCUCCCACGUCCG